UGCGUGGAUAUACCACAAUCUGUUUAUCCAUUCAUCCAUGAACAGGCAUUUGGGUUGCCUCCACUUUUUGGCUAUUGUGAAUAAAGCUGCUGUGAAUAUUGAAAUGCAAGCCUUUGCAUGGAUGUAUUGUUUCAUUUCUCGUGAGUCUCCACUCCACUUUGACCCGUGAGCUCCAGAGAGAAGAGUGAGAUCAGAAAUCCGUCUUUUAUCCCAGGACCCGCCACUGCUCCUGGUGCAUGAAAGAACAUUCAGUAAGUGGGUGGACAGGAGAAGGGACAGCGGGAUAAAAGGGAAAGAAGCACAGAUUCCACUCUGGAAAGUUUGCUAGCUCGUGUCCAAAGAGGAGCAGACAGCGAGGGAAUAAGUAUUUAGGAAAAAAAAAAAGGAAAGAAAAAAGCAUUCUGCCCUCUCCCCCUCAUCCAACCAGCUCCCCUUUCUGCUGAGCUUGCACUGCUGAGUUACAGAGAUGAAUCAGUCGCUUUCCUGAAUCAGCAUAUCCUUGAGAUACAACCUCUGAGUGCACAUCCCAGCCCUGUGCACACUGCAAAACGUCUGCUGAAAUUGAAUAUUUCCCUGGACCAGGAAGGGAGCCGAGUGUGCAAGUCAAAUUCUGGUAGCUCCCAAAAAGCAGUCCAGGGAUGAACAGAGAAGGAGUUUUAUUCUCCAAAAUGCAUGCUCUGCCAAGCCAGCCUCUGCGGAGGGGUGCAAGGCUACGUUCAAGAGACAGAGAUGCGUGGUUGGCUGCAAUUUUUAAAAGAAGCUGACUAUUUUAGAACAGUUUUAGAUUUGCAGAAAAGUUGUGAAGACAAGACAGAGCGUUCCCUCCCAGGAUUUCCUAUUAUUAAUAUCUUAUAUUAGUCUGAUCCAUUGGUCAUAGUUGAUGAACCAUUAUCGAUACAUUUGCUUAAGUCCCCAUUUUGUUCCGAUUUCCUCAUUUCUUCCCUAAUGUCCUUUUUCUGUCCCAGGAUGCAACUAAGAUCCUUCCCCAGUUGUCAAGUCUCCAAGGCACCUCUGGGCUGGACAGUCUCUCAGACUUUCCUUGUUUUUGAUGGCUCGAAUGUUUUGAGGCUUAUUCGCCGGGUAUUUUGUAGGAAAUUCCUUGGUUGGGAUUUUUCUGAUGUUUUUCUAGUGGUUAGACCUGGGUUAUGGGUUCUUGGGGGUAAGACCACGGGGUGGGGGUUACUUUCCUCAUCACGGUGUCCCCCCAGGUCUCCAUCCUGCUGAUGUCGACCCCUGUCACUGGCUCAGGUGACAUUUGUCUGGGGAUGUUACCCCUCUGCUUUUGCCGUGUCCUCUGGAACAAAAUGAUGAUGGGCAGCCCCCACUUAGGGACUGGGGGGCUGGGCCCCACCUCCUUGAGGGUGAACCCCACAUGCCUUACUAGGAAUUCUCCUGGGCAGGGAAUUUAUCCCUUCUCCCCUAUUUAUUUAUUUAUUCAGUAAUUUGUUUCUAUCAGUGUGGACCCACAGACAGUUCUCGUAGACUUCGGCUUCCGACCCAAUAUGACGUUAUUUCUUUGCGGGCUCAAUGUCCCAGCGUAGGUCAGCGGGGGCCCUGGGGGGCCCUAUCAGGGGCCCCUCCAUCCCUUGGACAUAGUGCUCACUGCAGUGUAUAUUCCAGAGGACAAGAAGCGGCGGGGCCGGACACGGUUCUCUGGGCCCCGGCUGUCUCCAUCCGAAACAGCGAAGGGCUUAAUAUUAGUUAGAUGUUUGACGAGUUUCUGCACUAUUAAACGCCUCUGCCAGAAGAGACCGGGAUGGAGUCACUGGGCAGCCCUGCCGAGGACACGUCCUCCCCUCCAAACACUUUGAACUUCAGCGGUGCUCAUCGUAAGAGAAAGACCCUGGUGGCUCCCGAGAUCAACAUCUCCCUGGAUCAGAGUGAAGGCUCCUUGUUGUCCGAUGAUUUCUUGGAGACCCCUGACGACCUGGACAUCAACGUGGAUGACAUCGAGACCCCCGAUGAAACCGAUUCGCUGGAGUUCCUGGGCAGCGGCAAUGAUCUGGAGUGGGAAGAUGACACCCCCGUGGCCACUGCCAAGAACAUGCCUGGGGACAGCGCAGAUCUGUUUGGGGACGGCGCGGCCGAGGACGGCAGUGCCACCAACGGGCGCCUGUGGCGGACAGUAAUCAUUGGGGAGCAGGAGCACCGCAUAGAUCUGCACAUGAUCCGGCCCUACAUGAAGGUGGUGACCCAUGGAGGGUACUAUGGCGAAGGGCUGAAUGCCAUCAUCGUGUUUGCCGCCUGCUUUCUCCCAGACAGCAGCCUCCCUGAAUAUCACUACAUCAUGGAGAACCUUUUCCUGUACGUGAUCAGCAGCUUGGAGCUCCUGGUCGCCGAGGACUACAUGAUCGUGUACCUGAAUGGCGCCACGCCCCGGCGCCGGAUGCCUGGCAUUGGCUGGCUGAAGAAGUGUUACCAGAUGAUCGAUCGCAGAUUGCGGAAAAACCUGAAGUCCCUGAUCAUUGUGCACCCCUCCUGGUUCAUUCGGACCGUGCUGGCCAUCUCCCGCCCCUUCAUCAGCGUGAAAUUCAUCAACAAGAUCCAGUACGUGCACAGCCUGGAGGACCUGGAACAGCUCAUCCCGAUGGAACACGUCCAGAUCCCGGAAUGCGUCCUCCAAUAUGAAGAGGAGAGAAUCAAGGCCAGGAAGGAAAGCGUGAGGCCCCAGCCAGAGUUUGUUCUACCUGGGUCUGAAGAGAAACCAGGGGUGAUGGCAGAGAACAGGUCUGCUCAAGUCACUGAAAAUCAGGAAACCAGCAUGUCCUGAGGCAAAGCGAGCAUAGAGAAGGACACAAAGGAAGACUCCACAUUCCAGAAACUUCUAUCCAAUGCCCUCCUGGCACCGGAUCUCAUCCCCGUCUCCUCCCGAGCCACAAUCUUCCGAGGGAGCCAGUCUCUCCCUCUCAUCUCUGAAACCCAGUGUCCUUUCUAGCUGCUUGAAAACAUUUUAUUUUUUUUUAACAACUCAGUAUUAGUGAGUUUUGGGAAAGGACCCAGUUCUCGGCCCUCCUCAUGAACUCACAGCCGAGGAGUGUGGGGUGUGCAGGGUUCCCGAUAGCCUCGGCUGCUGCGUGGCCCCAGAGACCUCCCCUCAGCAUCCCGGCUGGCCCCUGGUCCUGAUUCCAGACCCCCUGCUUCCUCGUCAGCCACCCCACGUCGAAGCCACAGACCCCCGGGCGCCCUGGCCGCUCUGCUUCGCUCCUGUGCCUUUCCUUCCAGAACGGCCCUGGGCUGCUGGCCUGGAACUUGCGUCCAGAAGGGCCUCCCGGUCCACAACCUCAUGUCCACAGUUCACAUCCGCAUGUUUCCACUGCACCUGCCCCUUUGUCUCUGAUGACCUCACCUUCCGAGGGAGCAUCGGCCCCUGCACCGCCAAUGAACACCACCGUUCAUCCUCAUCUGUGGUUGCAGAAUGACAGUCCCCUCGAUCCAGAAUGUUCUCGAGCCUCUUUAACAUGGACUCUACACCACGGCUCCAGCGCCAGGCUGGGAGAGUGAGAAGCCAGCCCCAAUAUGGGCUCGUUCCAGAAACGCCACCCUAGCAGGAUGAAGAUAUAGGGUAUGGGAUAUUUAGUAUUUCGAAGGACUGGACACCAAGGAUGGCAGAAAAGUGUCAGGAGGGGAGCUUGAGGGACACCUGCAUUCCAAGUUGAGACCAGCCACCCCCAUCCAGAGGCCCGUUCACCCUUUGAGCCAAGAAAGACUUUUCUGAUAUGCUCCAAUCGCCAAUUGGGUGACCCCCUAGAGGGAGUGAGCUCCCUGUCUCUGGGGGCAUUUAAGAAAAAGCUGGAGGAUUCUUGCAAAGGAAUUUCUCCCUGGCUGGUCCCCUCCAAUCCUAAGAUUGGAAUCGAGAGGUUCAUGCUACAGCCCCCUCUUCCUGUUUUUUUGGGGUUCAGUGGGCCAGCCCCACAAUUUACGAAUCUGGGCUCCUUAGCCCCAGUCUCAGUGGAAGUGGUGAAUAUUUCUUGACCUGGGGUGAGAGAGGCGGUGAGGGCAUUUGGGGUUCUCCCAACGAUGGAGGGAGCUGGUGGGAUUUACUACUGAGGGUCACGGCCGCCAUGGGUAACAGUCCUUCACUCUGGUGAAUUGCCCCAUCCCAAAUGCCAGCUCCCACCGCCUUGAGAAAGACGGGGUUUCCAAGCAGACUGGGCUCUGCAAUCCUGCCAUGGAGCUGCAGGGCUCUGCCAGGAAGAUCUUCUGGGUCCCACCACUGUUCCCAGUAAGGCCAGGACGUUUAAGGACAUGGUGAGAUUUUCAUUCUUGUUUCUGGUUGGUUUCCCCAUGUGUCAAAUAAAGGGACAGAAGCACGGAGGGCAGGGCCUGUCCCUGAGACGCACGGGGCGCCUCGGAACCAGAGCAAGCAGAGGCCGGCGGAAAGGGCUGGCAUCUCCAAACGGCCCUCCGCCCCCAUCCCCUUCUCCCCACCCCACCCCAGAGCACCUCCUUUUAUGAAAAGUGAGUCCGUGCAUUCUGGGGCUGCAGCUGUGAGGCUCCGAUGGCGGUUUUGCCCAUCUAAGGAUGACAGGUGGCCCAGGAAGUCCCCAUCUCCCACCCCAGUGUACGGCGUCUCUGCCAAGGCCAACUGAAGAUUCCGGAAGCCCUCGGACAGCUGAGCCCACUGAUCAAAGUCUGUCCCCAGCAAGCGAAGGCUCACCAAUCCAGCGUGAACCUUUUUCCCCAACGGUGACAACUCACGGGCCUCGAUCGUCACCGGAAACCCGUGCCUUGCUCCAAGCCAGAAAGAGGUGACGGGGAACAGGUCAUCAUUCUACACGCCCCAGACGUUCCUUGUUGCGUGUCUCCCGCAUUUCAGCCAUGGGGCAUCGGACGAGACAGACCCUCAUGGACUGGCCGUCGAAAAAGAUUCACACUCAACAGAAACUCCAGAGGGGACCCCCUAUGGCGCCAAGGCCCCCCUCACCGCCCGACGGAUCACCAGCAGCCUCAGAAAGGACAAAGGGCACAGUGAACCUUCUAGAAAAAAAAAUUUAAAAAGAGACACACCCCCCCCCCCCACUUCCUCAACAAGUCAGAAUGCAGAGUUUUAUUUGCCGUGCCAAGUCCCACCACAUAGCUCAGUCCCAACAGGGCCACUGUCCCCAAAUCAGCUUCGUGACACAUUUGUGUCCAUGGGGCAGUUUGGGCCAAAAUGCAACGGACAUUGGCUGGCUUUGCCGGGGGAAUGUGGAUUUUCCUCUCGUGGCCCGUGGUGGCCUCACGAACCGUCCCCCAAAACCGUGAUUCUCCAAAGGGCCACAGUUCCCGUCCUCCCGACGGUGAGUUUCGUGGUUUAAAAAAACACACACACAAAAUCAUGCUGAUUCCUGUUGUGGUUUAAGUAAUUCAUCGGUUCCAUGAGCUCUGGGGAGAUUUUUAUGUGAAAUAAAUCAUCUAUAA